AUGUCAUAUUUAUUCAUAUAUUCAUAUGAAUGGAAAGAAUAUCAUAAAAUAACAAAUAAUUUUUCUGGUGAAACAUUUAAAUAUGUUCGUGAAAUAUCAUUAUUUGAUGAACGAUCUUUUGAACAUGAAUUUUUUUUUCAAAUUUCUCAAUCAUUUCCAUUCAUGAAAAAAUUAACUUUGAUUAAUGAAAAAUCACAAAAUAAUAAACAAUCUAGAAAAUUAGAUGAUGAUAAUAAUCAACAUUUAUCAAUCAUUGAAUAUCCAUAUCUUUCUGAAUUGGAUCUUGUUGAAGCUCAUGAUGAUUAUAUCGAACAAUUUCUACUUGAUACGAAAACCUGUUUACCAAAUGGUAUUUAUCUUACUGUUGAUUAUCAAGCAUUGAACAGAGUGACACAACAAUUUACAAGAAAUACAACACAAUUAAAUUGUAUAAAACUACGUUGUUUAGGUCUAAAUGAUAUAUUUCAAAUUCCUAUAUAUGUAAAAGAAUAUUUUCCUUAUACAAAAAUAUUGUGA